AUGAUCUUUCCUCUAUGGUACAACUUCAACAAAGUUGCACAAUACAAGCAACUUACACUUGAGGAAGCAGAAGAAAAGAUAAAAAACAGAAGGAAAACUGCAGAUGGGUAUGAAAGAUGGAUGAUGAAAGCUGCAAACAACGGUGCAUCUGCUUUUGGUGAAGUUGAAAGGCCUGAUGACAAGGAAGGUGGUGGUGGUGGAGGUGGUGGCAGAGGGCGUAAAAAGAAUAAUGCAGAUGAUGAUGAAGGGAAUGUGUCAGAUAGAGGAGAAGAAGAUGAGGAUGAAGAGUUUGCAAGGAAAAAUAGACUUAGACUUAAUAAAAGAGGAGGUGAUGAUGAUGAGGAAGGCCCUAGAGGUGGUGAUCUUGAUUUUGAUGAUGAUGAUAUUGAGAAAGGUGAUGACUGGGAGCAUGAGGAGAUUUUCACAGAUGAUGAUGAAGCAGUUGGUAAUGAUCCUGAAGAGCGUGAAGACUUAUUAGCCCCUGAAAUCCCUGCUCCUCCUGAAAUCAAACAGGAUGAAGACGAUGAGGUUUCAAGAGGCCCAGAAAUCGAUCGGUUUCUUCUUCAAUCUGAUAUCAAUGGAUGGGUUGAAGCUGAACAACAAACAGAAGACAUUGAUGAAGCUGCAACUACAGGAAUGGAUUUAAAUCUUACAAUGGGAAGUGGAUUAUCUCAAAAAAGACCUGUAUCAGACUUAUACCAAGACCCAAAUCUCGGGCAGGCUGCGGGCAGUGAGGUCGGGCAGCUUCGUAUGAAUCCUGGGGCCCGAACAAAAGAAAUGUAUAUGAAGGUGGGAGUACAGUGGAUAGGCCACAGGGGAUUAUUCCCCAUACAGAUAACAUUGAAGGUGUUGUCAUUAACCGAGAUGCUGAUGAAGUCAACGAUAGUAAACAGGCAUGUGGGUCCUGGUCUUACAAACGGGACUACUCAUCUGUUGACUUUAGAUGCUUUGGAUGGGUUUCAAGGGCCUAAACCCAAUCAAACCCUUGAAUCUAAAUCAGCAUGUGGAGAUAUUUUACGAAUAUUAACACAUUACAGUCGACCAAUUUUCAAAGUUGAACACCCACAUGGUGAAACAGAUAGAAGUAGCAGUGGUAGCCAGGCAUCAACAAUAACCCUACAAAUGUAUCAGAAGCGACUAGUUUCGUUGGUGUGGGGGUGUUAUGGGAAAAUACGCUGCAGGGGAACUGAAGCCACCUUCUCUUGUAAUGGCUUCUUCACGUGGGCUGUUGCUGAUGACGCAGGUGUAAUUUUAAGUUUAUGUGAUGAGGAAGUUGCUCGUUAUGAAACCGCUACUCUAACUGCAGCUGCUGUUCCUGCUCUAUUACUUCCUCCUCCAACAACUGCCAUGGAUGAGCAUCUUGUUGCAGGGCUUCCUGCUUUAGAGACUUAUGCAAGGCUCUUCCAUAGGUACUAUGCUAUUGCUAGUCCAAGUGCUACUCAAAGACUUCUUCUUGGAUUAUUAGAAGCACCACCUUCAUGGGCUCUAGAUGCUCUUGAUGCUGCUGUUCAACUAGUCGAGCUUCUUAGGGCAGCUGAAGAUUAUGCAUCUGGGAUGCGGGUGUUGGUGGACAUGAUUCGUCUACCAGAUUGGGUAUUUGAAAGUGUUGAUCAAGAAAUGAGAGUCAUGGAACAAGAUGCCACUCCACAUCAUCCGGGAAUUUACUUAUCUGAUGCUUAG